UUGCUACUACAUGACGUUGUCGUGACGUAGGGUCUGGUGUCCGGUUAGCUAGCUUCGGGCUAGUUAGCAAGUCGUUAAUAUAGCGCGCUUCGGAGCCGAAAAACUUCAGCUGAUUAGUAAUUAGUUAACCAAUUUCGUCUUUUGAGACAUCCAUGAUCUACAAUGGACGAGGAAGCAUACCGCAGAACAUUGUACGUGGGAAACCUCUCCAGGGAUGUCACGGAAAUUUUGAUUUUACAACUCUUCACCCAAAUAGGGCCUUGUAAAAGUUGUAAAAUGAUCACAGAGCAUACAACAAAUGAUCCGUAUUGCUUUGUGGAAUUCUUUGAGCACAGCGAUGCUGCAGCAGCCCUCGGAGCCAUGAACGGAAGGAAAAUACUAGGAAAGGAGGUCAAAGUAAAUUGGGCCACCACUCCCAGUAGCCUUAAGAAAGACACAACCAACCACUUCCAUGUUUUUGUGGGUGAUCUAAGCCCUGAGAUUACUACCGAGGAUGUGAGAGCUGCAUUUGCACCGUUUGGGAGUAUCUCAGAUGCUCGUGUUGUGAAGGACCUGGCAACAUGCAAAUCAAAGGGGUAUGGAUUUGUGUCCUUCUUUAACAAACUGGAUGCAGAGAACGCCAUUCUUCACAUGGGGGGCCAGUGGCUCGGAGGACGUCAAAUCCGCACCAAUUGGGCAACAAGAAAGCCACCUGCUUCAAAGACGACCUCUCAGGACAAUGGCUCAAAACAGCUCAGGUUUGAUGAUGUUGUGAGCCAGUCCAGUCCUCAGAACUGCACCGUGUACUGUGGAGGGAUCCAGCAUGGACUGUCUGAUCAAUUAAUGCGUCAGACCUUCACACCAUUUGGUCAGAUAAUGGAAAUCAGAGUCUUCCCAGAGAAGGGGUAUUCAUUCAUUAGGUUUUCCUCCCACGACAGCGCUGCCCAUGCCAUUGUGUCAGUAAACGGCACAGUGAUUGAAGGACACAUAGUGAAGUGCUACUGGGGAAAAGAAUCUCCUGAUAUGACCAAAAACUCACAGCAGGUUGAGUAUGGUCAGUGGGGGCAGUGGAAUCAGCUUUAUGGGAGUACACAGCAGCAGCAACAGCAGCAGUAUGGGCAGCAGUAUGUGUCAAAUGGGUGGCAAGUUCCUUCCUACAGCAUGUACGGACAGUCAUGGAACCAGCAAAGUUUUGGAGUAGAGCAGUCACAGUCACCUGCUUGGGUCGGAGGAUUUGGCUCUCCGUCAGCUCAGGCGGCAGCUUCGGCAGGUUCAACCGUGUCCAACCUGACCAACUUCAACAUGGCUGGGUACCAGACACAGUGAACUGGUCCUAAAACAGGUCUAAUGAGAAGACAGUGGCCAUAUUCUCAAAGCUUAUAGUUAGUUGCCCACAAGAACUGGUUCAACCAAUAUUUUAAAUGAUAAUGUCCACCUCACUAAAACUUAAAAGUAUUUGGUUUGAAAAGGUUUUGCUUUAUAAACAUGCUGAACUCCAGCCAAAAUGAUCCUGUCUUACACAUAAUUUCCCCUUUUUAGUAUGAUUCCUUUUAGCUAGAAUAAUGAAAAUUUUUUGGGCUUCAGAAAGUAGGUUUUUGUUUUCAUUCUAGGAUGUGGUAUUCAUUAUCCCAGAUAAAUAUACCAACAACAAACACACUAGUACUCAAUACAUCUAACACUUAAGCAGUGAACCGCGCUUGGAUCACAGCAAAGGGACAAUAGUUGGGAACACUGCUGAGGUAGAUGGAAUACUGAAAUUCUGGCUUUUGUAAAUGUGGGCUAAAACCCUUAAGAACAGCUCAACCAAUCCUCCCCAACAAAUCUUAAAAUUUGAGCAAUAGAUUUAAGAAAAGAAAUACGUUAGUGGGUCACUCGCUGUAAUCUCAAUGAAAUAUAAAAAAAUCGUACAAUAUUUUAAAACCUAUUGUUUGGUCAAAAUGCAGCAAUAUAAACACGAUGUUCUUCACACUUUGAAAAUAAACUAAAUAUUUUGAAAGUUUGUUAGUUGCGGUCUUGUCACAAUGUUUAUGUACUGCUUGUGCUCGGGGCAUUUUCUAAUUUAUAGAAAACCUCAGUUUUUAAUUUCUGUACAGAUGGUUUCACAUAUAAGCAUCAUUGCUUCAAUGGCAAUGAGACACAGCAACCUUAAAUAGUUGGCUUGUCUUCAGCCAACAGCCAUGAAUUCACUUUGUUUUUGAUAUGAAUGACAAGUGCUUUGUGAAUAGAACCCAACCAUUUCUAUACAGUGCUGUGGCUUGAAAUAAUUAAUUGAUAACACGUUGAGGCAUUUUUCAUUUUUUUAUAAAAAAAAGUAACUAUUUCAGUUCCUUAAGCUUUUUUUUUUUUCCUAAUUGAUCAACUGCAUGUUAUUAAGUUUUGAUAUGGUAUCGAGGAACUGUCCUUAGCAAAGGAAAAGCUCCAAGAUAGGCUCACAAGAAAAAUGUCCUUUUAAGGUGUUUCACGGCUGGUUUCCUCGAGGAAUAUCAAAUAAUUAAAAAAAAAAAGUUCUCUUGCUUUUUUCCCCAGCUGGUAUAACCUUGGUAUUAGCCUCCUAGAUCUUUAUCAAAGAACAUCGAUUAGUAUUGCAUGUUGGUUGAAAGGAUUUAUAAAUAUGAUGUUUUUAGGGGGAUAUGAGACUUUACCUUUUGCCUCUCUGAUCACUCCGACUUCAAGGCAAGUUGAUUUAAUUGUAUUGCUGCCAUUUUUGCAGUGUUUAAUGACUGCUGUAGUAAACAUACUUUAUGAUUUAAUUUUGGGGGCAGUGUCUGUGGGUGGGAGUGGCAGGGGUAAAUCUCAAUAAUGUAAUUAAUGCCACUUCGCUGAUUUGAGCAACCUCACAUUUUCCAUUUAAGAAUUGACCAUUUUGUUGAAGUAGCUGGUUGCAGAUGUUUUAGCUUGGAACUGUGCACAAUUGUGUAAAUGUAAUAUAUUUGUCGCAUAAGAUCUUGAAUGUACUGACAAACAAUGUGUACAACAGAAGUGAUGUUUCAUAGACGCUGGCAAUGGUUUUCAUUUUAAAACACAUCUAGUCACAUAAAAUAAAGACAUGUCCAAACCAGA